AUGCGGCGUAGCGACCUCGUCGCGGCUUUUUCUUUUUGGGGGCUCCUUGCGCUAUUUAUUAAAGUCCCGCCCAAAGCUGGGUUCUGUUUGAACCUUAUCGAUCGCCAACGGGGCUUUGCCCCCUCAGUUCGCCGAGCGUCGGGCGCUUCUUACCGCCGGAAGCCCCCGAAGCCUUUUCUAGGAUGUGGAAAAAGACCUCUUGGACCUAAGAUAGUGACUGAGUCUCGGAUUAUAGGUGGACAUGAUGCUCCACCUGGGGCAUGGCCAUGGCAAGUUAGUCUUCAGCUCUAUGAAUUUCCUGGAGGAUUCAGCCAUGUAUGCGGUGGAUCUUUAAUUAAUAACAACUCAGUAUUGACAGCAGCUCACUGCAUUAAAUCAUGGAUGGAGCCAGUCUUUUGGAGGGUUGUGAUUGGCUUGCACCAUCUUCGUAAAUACAGCUAUCAUACAGUAACGUGCCGAGUCAGAGCUAUCUGGGUUCAUUCUAAUUAUAGUUCGAACAGCAAUGAAAAUGAUGUUGCCUUGUUUAAGCUAGUGAAAUCUAUCCAAUACAGUGAUUAUAUUCAGCCCAUCUGCUUACCGGAACCUCCUCUUUGGAAUAAAUCGCAAUACUCAUGUUAUAUAAGUGGAUGGGGAGACGCAAAAGAGAAAGGUAAAGGCAAACUUAUAUUACAAGAAGCACAAGUAGAUAUUAUUCCAUUGAUAAUAUGUAACGGAUAUGAUUGGUACGAUGGAAUAUUAACAUGGAACGUGCUUUGUGCUGGCUCUGAAAGUGGAGGUGUCGAUAGCUGCCAGGGAGACAGUGGUGGGCCUUUGAUGUGCUAUUUCCAAAAUGACACCAGGUUUUAUUUGAUUGGAAUUACCAGCUUUGGAUAUGGUUGUGGUGAGCCAAAAUAUCCAGGUGUUUAUGUAAAAACAAUUAAUUAUAGAAGUUGGAUAGAUGCACAUUUAUUAGCUAAAACCACAAAUCUGAAAUUUCAGUUUUUUCUUAUCUUUUUCACUGUGGGAUGGAUAAUCAUAUUCGUCCGCCUUGAUAUGCUCGAGGGCAGCGCCCUGCCGGGACACCCCGCAGGGCUGACAACGCGUACCAGCGCUCGCGCACCCGGUCACCUGACCCUUAGCGGCCCUCGCCUCAGGGAGAACGCGCGCGAGUCGGGCGCCAUUUUGCUUCCUGGACGGAUGAUGAGACGGAAUUUUUGCCCCGCCGCCUUUUCCUGUUGGGCUCUGCUUGUGCUGUUCAGGGAAGCCGCACCCAAAGCCGUGUCCUCUCUGAAUCUUACUGACGUCUGUGGAACAAGGCCCCUUAUGAAUAAUAGAUCAACAGGAACUCGAAUUGUAGGUGGACAUGAUGCUACACUAGGGGCAUGGCCUUGGCAAAUUAGUCUUCAAGUUUAUGCAGUUGGUCUAGGAUAUGUCCAUGUAUGUGGUGGAUCUUUAAUUAAUAAAAACAUAGUGUUGACAGCAGCACACUGCCUUAAAACAUCAGAGAACCCAGCCAUUUGGAGGGUUGUAAUUGGCUUGCAUCAUCUUAAUGAAGAUAACUCUCAUACAAUAAAGCGUCGGAUUAAAGCUAUCAAUAUCCAUCCGAAUUAUAUUUCAGAAACAUAUGAAAAUGAUAUUGCCUUGUUAAUACUAAGCAGAUCUAUCAAAUUCAGUGACUAUGCUCGGCCAGUCUGCUUACCUGCCACAACUCUUUCGACAAAUGGACAGUAUCCAUGUUACAUAACUGGAUGGGGUAAAACGAAAGAAAAAGGUGAAGGCAGAUUUAUAUUACAAGAAGCUCAAGUAAAUAUUAUUCCACAGAAAGUGUGUAAUCAACCCAACUGGUAUGCUGGAGCAAUUACAUUGAAUAUGGUUUGUGCUGGCUUUCCAAGUGGAGGUGUUGACAGCUGCCAGGGAGACAGCGGUGGUCCUCUGAUGUGCUACCUUCCAACCACUACAAAGUUUUAUCUGAUAGGAAUCACCAGCUUUGGCUUUGGUUGUGGUCGCCCAAGAUAUCCAGGAGUUUAUGUUAGGACAAUUAAUUAUAUACGUUGGAUAGAUAACUACCUACAGAGUAAAAUUGUAACUGUGGAACUUCAUUGCCUCUUGAUUUUUUUAACUGUGUGGUGGAUAGUCUUCCAUAUUGUGUAAAGUGGCAAUUUCUUUCUAUUGUAUGCAGUGAAUUUGUAUUGGUCUUUAAACUUAUUUGGUUCUUCUUGGGAACAGUAUCAUUAUGAAAAUUUGCUUUUUAAAAAUACCCAUAGAAUUUAAAUCUAUCUUCCAUCAUAUUUACAUUCAAAUAUAUUU